UCGGAAGAGCGUGCUACUCUCUCUAUCACCUUAUUCUUCUUCUUCUUUUUCUUCUCCUCCUCCUUUCUCCUUCAAAUCCAAGCUGAAGAUCUGAACCCCAUCUCAUCCCCUUUCGAUUCACGCCUCUCUGAGCUUCGGUCACUGGGCUUUGGUGAGCAAGCAAGACGAGCCUUUGGAUCUCUUCUGGGAUCUGGGUCUUGGAGUGCGCUCGAAGCAACUACCGUGGUUUUGAUCGACGGAUUCGGAUCCGUUUCGUUUUAGCUGGUGGUGGGUUAAGCAUGGAGAAGUACGAGCUGGUGAAGGACAUAGGAUCUGGCAACUUCGGGGUGGCCAGGCUCAUGAGGAACAAGGAGACCAGAGAGCUCGUCGCCAUGAAGUACAUCGAGCGAGGUCACAAGAUUGAUGAAAAUGUGGCCAGAGAGAUUAUGAAUCAUAAGUCACUUCUCCAUCCUAACAUCAUUCGCUUCAAGGAGGUUGUUCUGACUCCUACUCAUCUCGCUAUCGUGAUGGAAUAUGCAGCUGGUGGAGAGUUGUUUGAGAGGAUCUGCAAUGCAGGGAGAUUUAGUGAAGAUGAGGCUAGGUAUUUCUUCCAGCAACUCAUCUCAGGGGUCAGCUAUUGCCAUUCCAUGCAAAUAUGUCAUAGAGAUUUGAAGCUGGAAAAUACUCUACUGGAUGGUAGUCCUGCACCUCGUCUGAAAAUAUGUGAUUUUGGUUAUUCGAAGUCAUCCCUUCUGCAUUCAAGACCCAAAUCGACAGUUGGAACUCCAGCAUACAUUGCACCGGAGGUUCUCGCUAGAAGGGAAUAUGAUGGCAAGAUGGCAGAUGUAUGGUCUUGUGGAGUGACUCUUUAUGUGAUGUUGGUUGGAGCAUAUCCAUUUGAAGACCCUCAAGACCCAAAGAAUUUUAGGAAAACUAUCAACCGCAUAGUGGCUGUUCAGUAUAAUAUCCCUGACUAUGUUCACAUAACUCAAGACUGUAAACACCUUCUUUCUCGCAUUUUUGUUGCCAGUCCAUCCAGGAGAAUCACUAUCAAAGAAAUCAAAAGUCACCCAUGGUUCCUCAAGAAUUUACCGAGGGAAUUAACAGAAGUAGCUCAAGCCAUAUAUUACAGGAGAGGAAACCCGGGUGUCUGCCUUCAAAGUGAUGAAGAAAUCAUGAAAAUUGUGGAAGAGGCCAAAGUCCCCCCUCCUGCUUCCAGAACAGUUUCAGGCUUUGGUUGGGCAGGAGAAGAAGAGGAAGACGAUGGAGACGUGAAAGAAGAAGACUUGGAGGAAGAUGGAGAAGAUGAGUAUGAGAAGAGAGUGAAGGAGGCACAAGCAAGUGGAGAAUUUCAGGUCACCUAAAUCUAUUCUUUGUUGGGGGCCUCAUUGUUUUUUGGCAUCCGGUCUUUGUUGUCUGUUGGGUCCAAUUUGUUUACUUUGUAAAGUUGGGUGUCGGAAAUGUAUGUAGGUUUUCAGGCUUGCUUAUGGUCUUGGUGAAAAGAAUUCAAAAACAACUCCAUAGAGUUUGUAGAUUGUCCGAGUUUGGACAUGUAGGCACAAAGCAUAGGUUCAACAGUCACUUUCAUUUCUUUUUUUUGUCUCAGAUGUUGGUGUCUAAAUUAGUACAAUGUGGAGGUAUAGGUAUAAGAAUAUGAAGUCUUUGUAUGGAUAGAUAUCCUAUCCUGUGUACCGUUAUCGAUCAUCAUCGCAGGAGCGAUGCAGAUGUUAGGAGAGUAAGCCGUGUUUCUGUACAUUCUGUUGCUUUUUAAAGCGGUGGCAUGCAUGAUCAUUCUUUACUGGGGUUCUAUCCUACUUCAA